UAAAUCUGAUUAGUCCAACAACAGCGUCAUGAAGAACUCAGAAGAUGUUACAGAACCAGUGAGUCCUAGCGGACGAUAUUUCAACACCACAGUGUUGUGUGCUUAUGUUUUUGGCUUCUUAGAAUCAGAAACUCCAAUUGAAAUUUCUCAAGCCAAGUAUUUGUUAGAACAAGUGUUUCUACCAUUGAAUCCACGAUUCUCUUCCAUAAUGGUGAGAGAUGAAAAGGGAGAAAUGAAAUGGAAAAAGGUAGAGGUGAAGGCUGAAGAUCACAUAAAGGUUCCAACAUUCCCAGAAAACGAGUCACCGGAAUCGUAUGACCAAUAUUUUGAUGAGUAUGUGACAGAGUUGAUGAUGGGAAGAACAGCACAAGAUAAACCCCUUUGGGAAAUUCAUGUGAUCAAAUACCCCACAAGCACUUCUGCUGGCACCUUGAUAUUCAAACUUCACCAUGCUCUUGGAGAUGGUUACUCCCUUAUGGGAGCUCUUCUGUCUUCUCUUCAAAGAGCUGACGACCCUUCUCUUCCUCUCUCAUUUCCUUCACGAAAAUCUUCAUCAUCAUCAUCAACUUCUGAGAAGGGUUUCUUCAAGCGGUUCUCUUCCACAGUGUUAUCUCUUUUCAACUCUAUUUCAGACUUUGGAUGGAGCAUAGUGAAAAGUACUGUUGUUGAGGAUGAUAAAUCACCUAUAAGGAGUGGUGAGGAAAGUGUGGAGUCUCUACCUUGUGUCAUAUCAAACAUAUCCUUCUCUCUUGAUCAAGUCAAAAACAUCAAGUCGAGUGGUAAGAGUAAUUUGCUGGGAUUGACAAUAAACGAUGUGAUAACAGGGGCAAUCUUCUAUGGGAUUAGGCUAUACAUGCAAGAGAUUGAUAACGAGGCAGGGAAAGCAAAUUCAACAGGAUUGGUGGUGCUGAGUACAAGGAACAUUGGAAGUUACCAAUCAGUUCAAGAAAUGAUGAAGGCUGAUUCAAAAUCUCCUUGGGGGAAUCAUAUCUCUUUCUUGCAUGUACCAAUACCUAAGCUAAGCCAAACCAACAUAUCCAACCCUCUUGAAUUUGUGUGGAAAGCUCAAAAAGAAAUUAAGAGGAAGAGAGAUUCUUUCACUGUGGAUAUGGAGCUGAAAUUGAGAGGAUAUGAGGCAGUGGCUAAACAUAUCUAUGAGACACUGAGGAACUCAAGUGUUGUUGUGUCGAACUUGAUUGGACCAGUGGAACCUAUGGUUUUGGCAAAUCAUCCUGUCAAAGGCUUGUACUUCACAAUGACAGGUGGACCAGAGAGUAUAAAUAUUUCAGUUAUAAGCUACACAAGAACCUUGAGAAUUACCUUGAAAACACAGAAAGGCUUUAUUGAUGAGAAGAAGUUCAAAUUGUGCGUGGUGAAAGCCUUUGACGUCAUAUCCAAAGCAGCAAUGGAGAUAUAUGAUACCCAACAAAAGCAAAGGCUAAAUUAACCAAAAAUGUUAUGUUUGUAACAAUUCUUAUAACAAUAUUAUUUUCUCUCUAUCACUUUUUUACAUGUUAUUUAUUACGUAUUGUAAUUACGGAAAUAAAUACAAACAAAUGAAGCUGCAUAAAUUAUUAUAUAUGUAUAUCAUAUCUCUAAAUUAAUCAUAUAAGAAGAAAGAAACAAUAAAGAAUAAGAGAGAUUUUGGUAUUUUCAUAGUCAGUUUAAUUUCCUAAACAACGGAGGAAUAACACACACUCCAAAAGGUCUUUUGCUCUCCACCUCUGGGCUUUAAUACCAUUUGUAAAGAAUAAGAGAGAUUUUGGUAUUUUCAUAGUGAGUUCAAUUUCCUAAACAACGGACGAAUAACACACACUCCAAAAGGUCUCUUGCUCUCCACCUCGGGCUUUAAUAUCAUUUGUAGGAAGAUUCAACACACACAUAAGAUCUCCAUACUGAUAAGAUAUUGUUCGCUUUGGGCCAAGCCCUCACGGAUUUGCUUUUGGUACCACUAAAGAUCUCUUACCAAUCAAGGUAUCUUAUUUGUCUAUAAACUCAUGUUCAUCUCUUAUUUUAUCUGAUGUGAGACUUUGUUUUGUACCCAACAUAGAAA